UGACUUACAAUCGGACUUUGAAAGUAACUAAUGUUCAGUAACAACGAUUUCUAGUCUGGGUACAGUACAACUCGCGUGUACUGUGAUCGGCUACUCUAUCGUCUACCACGACUUCCAUCAUUAUGGCUGGUGCCUCAGCAGCGGAUGUCCGAAGUAUCCUUUCACUACCAAGCCCCUCAACACCAGGACCUUCACAACCCAAAGCCAAAGUUCUUGGAACAUCUGAGCGCGCACGGAAACCUGAAGGGAUCUCAAGAGAGUUAUACUCUCUCAUUGGUCCUUCGGCCCCUACUCUCGCGGCGCAGCUUGCGAAACCACGACUGAAACAGAAGCCCAACCUUGGUGGUGGUGGGCGUGUUAAAUGGGAGUGGCAGACAUUCAAGAAUGCUGGGCGGACGGAUGAUUUGCGCCUUUCUCACUGGGCAAAGACCGGAACGGACCCUGAAGCUGAAUAUCCUUUCGCCAAGUAUAAUGUACAACCUACUAGCUAUGUCUACUCUCAGGACGAAUACAGCCGGUUCCUAGAAGAUAAGGAAUGGACCAGAGAAGAGACAGAUUACCUCUUCGAACUCGUCCGGGAGUAUGAUCAACGCUUUUACAUUGUCGGAGACCGAUAUGACUAUCCUGGAGGUUCUCCACGCACUCUUGAGGACCUGAAAGACCGAUAUUAUAGCGUCUGUCGGAAACUUGUUCGUAACAGACCUUGGGCUGGUGAUGAAGCUAGCAAGGCUCAGUUGAUCUCAAGCUUCCAAUUUGACAAAGAUCGUGAAGCUACCCGCAAGAAGUACGUCGCGUGCCUUGAGAAUCGCACGAAAGCCCAAAUUGCAGAAGAGGACGCUCUGUACGUUGAGCUCAAACGACUCGAACAGACUGAACGUCGCUUCAAGAAAAAUCGGGACGAGCUUCUCAGAACCUUGCUCGGAGUCGAAUCGGGGUUACCUGAUAUUCCUGUGGAAGAUGAGGCUCCACUGAAUGGUUCAGGUUUGCAUGUUGACACCAAAGAUAUCAAGAAGAAUAAGAGGAAAGGCACACAUGAAGUUGAGACUCCGAUUUCUGCAACCCCAUACAGUGCCAAUGUUAUUAGUCUCGGGCAACCUGUACCGAGGAAAGCGCAGUCGGCGAAGAGUGCUGCAUACGAUGCCUUGCAUUGUAUCAUUCGUACUGAGGCCCCUCAAACGACCUCCAACAAAGCCGCGCAUACUCCUGUCUACUUGAGAGGUCUUAAACUUCCAGCACCAAAGUCGGCAGUGGCUGCCAAGAUUGCCCAAAUUCUCGGCGAACUUGGUAUCUCCCAUACCCGUCUUGUAAUGCCUACGAAGGAGAACUGCGCUCAGCUGGAAAGCCUGAUCGAAGCCGCAGCGGCGUUGGUAGAGACGAAGAAAUGCGUGGAUAAGGUCGAGCAGGAUAUCCGAAUCGCUAAAAUGCGCUUGUCAAGUCAAGCGAAUGAAGGUGAGGAAGAUGCAGCUGGAACGCCGUCGGGUAUGGAUGUGGAUGAAGAUGCAGAAGGGGUGGAAGAUGAGAUGGAAGAUGGAAGAGCACCGAGUGUCGUCAGUACGAGGAGCACAAGGAGUAUCAAGGGAUACAAGCAGGUUCGUUCCCUACGUCUUCACUUGUUAUCCGCGAUGCUUACUUCCAAUAGUCACGACGAUCCUCAAUAUCCUCUGUCGACACCUCUGCAACCGGGCCUCUUCCAAAGCGUAGAAAACGGUAGAACCAUCGCAGGUUCCUACUUAUGUAUUUUGUCAUCAUGCUCUGUGUUUUCUCCCAUAUCUGGAAUGCUAUUACUUCGAAAGUUCUAUGUCUAUCGACAUAAGAUCUCUAGCACAUAUCACGCUACCGCCAUAGUCCUCUGCAGCGAGCGAACCGAUGGCGUUCAUGAUUCUAGCCGUUUCCUCAUUGACAUCAUCAUCUCCUGCAUAUCGGGGUGAAAAAUGAUUCAACACAAGUCGUUUUGCGCCAAUUCGUUUCGCAAAUGCCCCUGCCAUCUGAGGGGUGGAAUGGCCCCGAGAUUUGGACCUUGUUUCAACAGUUUCGUAGGUAUCGUCGUCUUUGGUAUUGGGAUCAAUCCCGGGUAGGUGAGCAUUGGUUGCUUCAUGGAUGAGGAGAUCGGCACCCGCAGCAAGUGUCGAAAUGGGAGAUGGAUCGUAGGUAUCGCCGAGGAUGACAAUCUUCCUACCGGGUCGACGCGGCGGGCCAUGAAGUACCGUGCCAUCCGAGAGCUCGAUACUUUCACCCUGCUGUAAACGGCUCAUAACGGACAUGGGAGUUUUUGUCCGUUUAAUGGCAGGGAUGUAUUGUUUUGGAUCCAUCUUCCCUGGAACUGGUCGCUCAGUCACAACAUACCCGACGCAGGGAACAGAAUGCAGUAUAGGCGCAGCAGAAACAGUGAUGAAGUCGUUUGUAAAGAUAUCCGACCAAAUGCCAUCAACUUGACGGAUGUCCCGACCAGUAGGAAGUUCGGCAGCAUGGCGAGGUAGUGACGUAUAGUCACCAGGAGGGUCUGUAGGGAAACGGAGUUCAUGCACUACAUACGGUGACCCGAGGAUGGUAUAGGUAUAUGUUAGACCAUUCCGGAUAUAUGCUCGAGUGCCCAGGGGACCAUAUAUUUCUAUAGGCUGUUGUAUGGCUCAGUUAAUUGGUUCAUUGAAUAGAGAGCACACUCUACCUGGCUUUCUUCA